GUAGUAAAGUUGCAGGAUGACAACAGAGCACUUGAUCGGCUUACUAAAUCCAAGGAGGCUGCUCUAGUUGAGGCCGAGAGAACUGUUCAGAUUGCUAUGGUAAAAGCAUCCUUGGUUGACGAUCUGCAAAACAAAAAUCAAGAGCUGAUGAAACAGAUUGAAAUAUGUCAGGAGGAGAACAAAAUCCUUGACAAAAUGCACCGGCAAAAGGUGGCUGAGGUUGAGAAGCUAACACAAACCGUUCGUGAGCUUGAGGAGGCUGUUUUAGCCGGUGGAGCUGCUGCCAAUGCCGUGCGUGAUUACCAGCGUAAAGUGCAGGAGAUGAAUGAGGAGAAAAAACUGUUGGAACGGGAGGUGGCUCGUGCAAAGGUCUCUGCAAAUAGGGUUGCCACUGUUGUUGCAAAUGAGUGGAAAGAUUCCAGUGACAAAGUGAUGCCCGGAGAAAUGCAACAACUUCGAGACAAACUGGCAGUAGCUGAGCGUACUGCAAAGGCAGAAGCACAAUUAAAGGAAAAAUACCAACUAAGAUUCAAGGUUUUGGAGGAAAAGUUUAAAGCAUCGAAUGGAAAAUCCCGCCCAUCCUCAGAUGCAAGAAUCAUCAGCAAUGGGCCUUCAAGGCGUCAGUCUCUUGGUGGAGCUGAGAACUUCUCUAGAGCGUCCUCUAAUGGCUAUCUAUCUAGGACAAAAUCGAAUUUACAAUCUGGUUUCAACCGUUCCAACACUGCUACUGCAAUAUUGAAACAAGCCAAGAGUUCAUCUAGAUCGUUUGAUGGUGGUAGUAGAUUGCUAGACAGAGAUAAGCUAGUACCAGAUGCAACUGGGAAAGAUAACACAAACAGUGCCAGUGAUCAGACUCAGAUGGAUGAGACAAUUGGUAGACAUGAGGAGAGGGCAAAUGGAUCUUUGGCUGAACAAUCCAGGACAGAGCAUGAAGAUUAUGUUUCUGGAGUGCUGUAUGAUAUGUUACAGAAAGAGGUCGUAUCUUUGAGGAAAGCUUGCCAUGAGAAAGAUCAAACCCUCAAGGACAAGGAUGAUGCAAUUGAGAUGUUGGCAAAGAAGGUGGAUACACUUAACAAAGCAAUGGAGGUUGAGGCCAAAAAGAUGCGGAGAGAAGUAGCUGCCAUGGAAAAAGAAGUCUCUGCUAUGCGUGUCACCAAGGAGCCUGAUCAGAGGGCACGGCGCUCAAGUGCUCCCCGAGGGGUUGUAAAUAGCUCUCAUACACUUUCUUCUAGAUCGUUUGAUGGUGGUAGUAGAUUGCUAGACAGAGAUAAGCUAGUACCAGAUGCAACUGGGAAAGAUAACACAAACAGUGCCAGUGAUCAGACUCAGAUGGAUGAGACAAUUGGUAGACAUGAGGAGAGGGCAAAUGGAUCUUUGGCUGAACAAUCCAGGACAGAGCAUGAAGAUUAUGUUUCUGGAGUGCUGUAUGAUAUGUUACAGAAAGAGGUCGUAUCUUUGAGGAAAGCUUGCCAUGAGAAAGAUCAAACCCUCAAGGACAAGGAUGAUGCAAUUGAGAUGUUGGCAAAGAAGGUGGAUACACUUAACAAAGCAAUGGAGGUUGAGGCCAAAAAGAUGCGGAGAGAAGUAGCUGCCAUGGAAAAAGAAGUCUCUGCUAUGCGUGUCACCAAGGAGCCUGAUCAGAGGGCACGGCGCUCAAGUGCUCCCCGAGGGGUUGUAAAUAGCUCUCAUACACUUUCUUCUAGGAAUGCACACAAGUCUAGGUGA